UUGAUGGAAAACUACACAUACAACAGUGACACACUCCAGCUGGAAGGGUUAAAUGUUUCAGAGGAUUUUACAUACCCCUUGUUUCUCUUUCUCUUCUUCUCCUACUUGUUCAUAAUUGUUGUAAAUUUAAGCAUUGCUGUUCUGGUUUUCAUUGACAAAAACCUUCACCAGCCGAUGUAUCUCCUGUUUUUCAACCUCUCAGUUAAUGACAUACUAGGAAACUCUAUUCUGCCCCGUUUGCUUGUAAACAUGUUGCUGCCUCCAUCUGAGCGCCUCAUCAGUUAUUAUGAAUGUGUAGUUCAAGCUUUCACUGUGCAUGUGUGCAGUACCUGCUCUCACACUGUGCUCAUGAUUAUGGCCUUUGACAGAUAUGUGGCCAUCUGCAAUCCUCUGCGCUAUGCUGUCAUAAUGACCAACAAAAUGCUGAUAAAGCUGACAGUUUCUGCCUGGGGAGUGGCCUUUGUUCUGGUCGGGAUUCUUCUCGGUCUGACCAUACGGCUGAACCGAUGCAGGACGAUGAUAAAAAAUCCAUACUGUAACAAUGCCUCUUUGUUUAAACUCUCCUGUGAGAAUGUGUUCAUUAAUAAUAUCUACGGCCUCACGUUCACUGUCGUCCUGUUCACCUCUUCUAUAGGCACCAUGGUUCUUACUUACGCAAAGAUUACAGCCGUCUGUCUGACCAGUAAGAACAAGAACAGUAAAGCCUUGAAGACCUGCAGCACUCAUCUGGCUGUGUAUCUGAUUAUGUUGCUCAGUGGAUUGACUAUAAUUAUUCUGCAUCGCUUCCCUCAGUACUCAGACUACAGAAAAUUUGCUUCUAUUUUGUUUCACAUCAUCCCCAGCAGCCUUAACCCCAUUAUUUAUGGCAUGCAGUCCAAAGAGAUAAGAAAGUUUUUAUCUAUGUCAAAGAAGGUUUUGCCAUCCCUGUAA